AUGGAAAGCAAUGGUGGGCAUUCAAAAGACCAGCGGACUGUGCCAUUAUGGGCACUGUUCAAGUACGCUGACUCAAUAGAUUGGUGGCUUGUUGGUGUGGGUAGUUUAGGAUCCAUUGGAGAUGGAGUGUCCACGCCUGUCUUAAUGAUCGUCAUGGGUGCCCUGAUGGAUACAUUAGGAAAUUAUGAGCCAUCUUCUCAACGCAGUCGUAUCGAGUAUCUUCAUACCAUGAACAAGUAUUCUCUAGAAAUCGUUUAUAUUGGUAUUACGACUGGAUUCGCUGCAUUUUUAAGUGGAUUUUGUUGGACAAGGACUGGAGAAAGGCAGGCCUCUUGUAUGCGCAGGAAAUACUUGAAGGCUGUGCUAAGGCAGGACGUGGGAUUCUUUGACAUUCAAGGAACCACCACAUCCCAAGUGGUUACAAGCGUUUCCAACGAUACCCUUGUUAUUCAAGAUGUUUUGGCUGAAAGGAUACCAGACUUCCUCAAGAAUGCAGCUUUCUUCAUUAGCAGUUACAUCGUGGCUUUCUACUUGACAUGGAGGCUGGCAGUUGUGGCAUUUCCAUUCGUGGUAUUUCUCAUAAUUCCGGGAGUAAUGUAUGGGCGAAUUCUAGUUGGGAUUGCUCACAAGACGCGGAAAGCCAACAGCAUUGCCUGCAACAUUGCAGAGCAAACUCUGUCGUCGAUUAGAACAGUCUUUUCUUUCGUAGGAGAGGAAACAACAAUCACCAAGUUCGCAGACGCACUUAAUGAGAGUGUAAAGCUUGGAAUUAAGCAGGGUCUGAUCAAAGGCAUAGCAGUGGGAAGCACGGGAGUGGUGUUCUGCAUGUGGGCAUUCAUAUCAUGGUAUGGCACCAGACAGAUCAUGUAUCAUGGAGCAAACGGAGGAAGGGUUUUUGCAACUGGAACUACUUUGAUUUUGGGCGGCGCUUAAGUAUCUCUGGGCUCUGCACUUCCAAACAUCCGAUACUUUUCGGAAGCCUGCAGCGCUGCUGAGCGCAUAUUUGAGAUGAUCGAGAGGGUGCCCAUCAUCGACUCUGAUGACGGCAGAGGAGACAUUCUGGAACAAGUGCGCGGUGAAGUCGAAUUCAGAAACGUUGAAUUUGCAUACCCGUCGAGACCAGAGAUCCUCAUAUUUUCUAAUUUCUGUCUCACCAUCCAGCCUGGCAAAACAGUCGCCUUGGUGGGAGGAAGUGGAUCGGGAAAGUCUACGGCGGUUGCGUUGGUGGAGAGGUUUUACGAUCCUCUGGCUGGCCAGAUUCUGCUGGAUGGAGUUGAUAUUACGAAACUGAAACUGAAAUGGCUGCGCAGCCAAAUUGGGUUAGUGAGCCAAGAGCCUGCGCUGUUUGCGACUUCCAUCAAAGAAAACAUUUUGUUUGGGAAGGAGGGAGGGAGCAUGGAGGAAGUCAUUGCUGCCGCGGAGGCCGCCAAUGCUCACAAGUUUAUUACCCAGUUACCAGAUGGGUAUGACACCCAGGUUGGAGAGCGAGGAGUGCAGAUGUCCGGAGGACAAAAGCAACGAAUAGCCAUUGCAAGAGCCAUGCUCAGAGAUCCUCGACUACUUGUUCUGGACGAGGCCACGAGUGCUCUGGACGCAGGGUCGGAGAAGAUUGUGCAGGAUGCCCUGGACAAUGCUUCAAUUGGCCGAACAACGCUCAUAAUUGCCCACCGCCUCUCCACAAUCCGCAACGCCGACCUCAUUGCAGUGGUGGGUAAUGGUCAGGUGAUCGAAUCUGGCGAGCACAACGAUCUGAUAUGUAGAGAAGGCGGAGCCUACGCCGCUCUGGUUCAGCUGCAGCAAGCGGCAAGUAACGUAGAGGAGGCAGAAGAGCACCAUGAUGUAAGAGAGGAGGUGCUUACAAGAGCAAGAAGCUCCAGCGUCGUAAGCAAAUCAAGUUCACUCCGGUCUAUAUCAGUAUAUCCAGAACAGGAGAAUAAAAAAGUUUUUUCUUCUGCCCCAUCGUUCCGUCGACUGGUGAUGUUAAAUGCCCCGGAAUGGAAGCAGGCUGUAAUGGGGUGUUUGGGUGCCAUCGCCUUUGGAGGAGUUCAGCCCGCUCAUUCCUAUACUCUCGGGUCUAUGAUUUCUGUGUUUUUCAUUAAAAGCCACGCUGAGAUGAAAGAGAAAUCCAGAAACUACUCCCUUGUCUUUUUCAGCUUGGGAGUAAUUUCGCUGCUGGUUAAUGUGCUCCAACACUACAAUUUCGGGAAGAUGGGGGAAUAUCUUACCAAAAGAGUCCGAGAGCGAAUGCUGUCCAAGAUCCUCACCUUUGAAGUUGGCUGGUUCGAUCAAGAUCAGAAUUCUAGCGGAGCCGUUUGCUCCAGACUCACUAAGGAGGCUAAUGUGGUGAGAUCUCUUGUGGGUGAUCGUCUAUCUCUUAUUGUACAGACUAUAUCUGCAGUGGGAAUAGCAAUCGCCGUGAGCUUGAUUGUAGCAUGGCGUCUUGCAGUUGUACUAAUAGCAGUGCAACCAAUCUCAAUAGCAAGCCACUACACACGAAAGGUUCUUCUUACUCGUAUGUCUGCAAGGCUUGUGAAAGCCCAAGAUCAAGGAAGCCAAGUAGCCUCAGAAGCUGUAGGCAACCAUAGGACUAUUACAGCCUUCUCUUCACAGGAUAGAAUUCUGAGUCUGCAUGCAAAGACUCAGGAGGGCCCACAUAGAGAAGCCAUGGAGCAGUCCUGGGUUGCAGGAGUAGUUCUUGGGGCAUCACAAUGCCUAAGUUUGUUAAAUUCAGCCCUCGGCUUCUGGUACGGGGCACAUCUUGUCUACCAUGGUUACAUCUCAUCCGGUGAGCUUGUCAAAGUAUUCUUAGUUUUGAUGAGCACUGCAAGAGUGAUAGCAGAAGCAGGGAGUAUGACCAGUGAUAUUGCUAAAGGCUCAGAUGCCGUCAAAUCAGUCUUCGAAAUCUUAGACAGAGAGAGCCGCAUAAAUCCGGACGAUGAAAAUGGCGAGAAACCAGCCAAAUUGCAAGGCAAUAUCGAUGUCAAAGACGUGUACUUUGCAUACCCAUCUCGCCCAGAUGUUAUGAUCUUCAACAAGUUUAGCCUGAGCAUGAAGGAGGGCCAAAGAGUGGCUCUGGUUGGGGAGAGUGGGUCAGGAAAAUCCACAAUUAUUGGGUUGAUAGAGAGAUUCUAUGACCCAUUAAAGGGCGUUGUGAGAAUUGAUGGAAGAGAUAUCAAAGGGUUCAACUUGAGGAGCCUCAGGCAGCAUAUUGGCCUGGUAGGCCAGGAGCCUGCCUUGUUUGCAGGAAGCAUUCGAGACAACAUUUGCUAUGGAAAGCAGAAUGCAACUGAGGCAGAGAUGAUCGAGGCUUCCAAGGCAGCCAAUGCUCACGACUUCAUAAGUUUUUUGAAGGAAGGAUAUGAUACACAGACUGGGGACAGAGGAGUGCAAUUGUCAGGAGGACAAAAACAAAGAAUUGCAAUAGCAAGAGCAAUAAUAAAAAAUCCAAGCAUAUUGCUUCUAGAUGAGGCCACUAGUGCAUUGGAUAGCCAAUCUGAAAAAGUGGUACAAGAGGCCCUAGAUAGAGUAAUGGUGGGGAGAACAAGUGUAAUUGUAGCUCAUCGACUAAGUACUAUUCGUGAUGCAGAUUUAAUAGCAGUGAUUAGGGAAGGAAGAGUUAUUGAGAAAGGUACUCAUUUUCAUUUGAUGGGAAAAGGGGAGAGUAGUCCAUAUUUUUGUCUCGUUGCAAUGCAAAGCACAAAUGAAUAA